CGAACGUUGUACUUUCCACUUCUCAGCUCGGCGCUUGGCCAUACGUCUGCAGCGACCAUGAUCACGCCGCCCAUCAACUUCCCCAAGUGGCUCGAGGAGAACGGGCACCUCCUCAAGCCGCCUGUUGGCAACAAAUGUAUCUUCAAGGGCGAGAACUUCUUCACCAUGAUCGUUGGUGGGCCCAACACGCGCUCCGACUUCCACGUCAACACCACGGAGGAGUGGUUCUACCAGUACAAGGGGGCGAUCGUGCUGGUGGUGAUCGACGACGGCAAGUUGCGCGAAAUCGUCAUUAACGAGGGCGACAUGUUCCUGCUGCCUGCCAACACGCCGCACUCGCCGCGCCGCCCAGCCAACACUGUUGGCGUAGUCAUCGAGAUGAACCGCCCCGGCACCGAGAUUGACACCAUGCGCUGGCUCUGCCCGAACCCUGCACACGGCGACAAGCUCGUCGUCGUCCGCCAGGUGCAGUUCCACUGCAGCGACAUCGACACGCAGAUGAAGCCGCACCUCGACAAAUGGGUGGCGGAUGAGGAGCUGCGCAGGUGUCCCGAGUGCGGCGAGGUUGCGCCGGCGCAGCGCGGCAAGCUGUCGAUCAUCGGGGAGGAGUAGUAGGGUUGUAUGCUAUGUCAAGGGUUUUAUGGUCGUG